AUGGCCAAGCAGACUCCCUCGCCUGAUCAGUCAAAGACUCUCGUCAGCGAUAUCGGCGAAUAUCUCAUCCAAGCAGCCCAGGCUUGGGCACAGUUAACAGAUGCCCUGGUGGAGAGUCGACAGGUGAAACAAGCGGUGGUUGAUGCCCAUGAGCAAGCCAUGUCCAACAAUCAUCUCUCUGAUCUAUCUACUGUCGUCUCUAUGGAUAUGGACCUCAGCAAACUUAGUAAAAUUCGCGAUUUAACGGCACAAUUCUCUCAGGACGUUCAUCAAGUUUGGCAAAAUGACACACCGAAUGGUGGAGGAACACCUUGA